AUGCUCGUCGAACCGGUGUUGCAUUCUAUGACAUUGCAGAGGCUGGGGGUGGAUUUGGUUGCGGUGCUGGGCGUCUUGACAAUCGCCUACACUCUCUAUAACCGAUUCGUCCACCCUCUCCGUCAAAUCCCAGGCCCUUUCCUCGCCUCACUAACACCCUGGGUCCAACUCUACCAUGGCCUCAAAGGUGAUCGACACCUCUGGCUACACAAACUCCACAAAAAAUACGGCACACACGUGCGUGUUGCGCCCAAUUUCGUCUCAGUCAAUAGCGACCGCGGUCUUCAUGAUAUCUAUGGCCAUGGCAAGCGAAUCCAGAAAGCCGAUUUUUACAAUGCCUUCCCCGCCAUCAAGGGCGUGUACAACACGCACAACGCAAUUGAUAAGACAAUGCAUGGGCGCAAGAGACGUGUGCUUAGCCAGGCCUUCUCUGAAGCUGCCUUGAAGGGAAUGGAGGAUGUGAUGCUGCUGCAUGUGCGGCAACUUUGCGCCUCGCUUGCAGGGUACAGCCUUGAUGAGAAGAGCUCGCCUGAGUCUAAUGGCGUAGUGCGGAAUAUGGGAAACUGGUUCAGCUACCUUUCGUACGAUGUGAUGGGAGAGCUUUGUUUCGGAAAAAGCUUCGACAUGCUUGUUUCCGAGGGCAAGAGACAUAUGAUUGGGCUAGUGGACAGAGCUGCGUUUCGGCAUUAUGUGUGUGGCCUCUGGAUGCCUCUGGAUAGAUGGCACCUAGACCAAAUCUUCAUCCGCCAGCUCACACAAGACCGCUGGAACUUCAUCAUGAACUCCCGCGUGGAAGCCAACAAGCGCGCCCAAGAGCGCGCCAUGGCCGGCCGCGAAGCCAAAAAAGAUUUCUUCUACUACCUGCUCAACGCCAAGGACCCAGAAACAGGUAAAGGGCUAACAACCCCCGAGCUCUGGGGCGAAGCCAACGUCCUCAUGAUCGCAGGCAGUGACACAACCUCCACCACUCUCGCAGCCACGCUCUUCCAUCUAGUCCGGUCGCCGACAGCACGCGCCAAGCUAAGCAAGGAGGUGCGCAGCGCGUUCACGCACGUGGAAGAGAUCAUCAGCGGCACCAGAUUGAAUGAGCUGGUGUACCUGAAAGCAUGUAUUGACGAGGCACUGCGUCUUGCGCCUGCUGUGCCAGGUGCGAUUCCGCGUGAGGUCAUGGAAGGCGGUGCGGUCGUUGAUGGUGUCUUCUUGCCUGCUGGUACGAACUGCGGUACACCGGUCUACUCUAUUCACAGACAGGAGGCGUACUAUCGUGCUGCGGAGAAGUUUGUGCCCGAGCGCUGGAUUGAGGGUGCGACAUGCUCGGUGUCUGGUGAUGAGUGGACGACUACCCAGGAGGCGAUCGAGGUCGCACGACGGGCUUUCUGUCCAUUUAGCAUUGGGCCCCGGGGAUGCAUCGGGAAGAGCAUGGCUUUCAUGGAGAUGCGCCUUACAUUGGCGCGGCUGGUCUUCUUAUUUGAUAUGACAUUGGCGGAUCGGGUUGGCGAAGAUGCAGGCGGCCAUUUGGCGCUUGUGGACCAUUUUACCAGUGCGAAGAAUGGGCCGAAUGUCGAGUUUCAAAAGGUGCUUGCGGCUUAG